CGCUCUGCAUCAUGGCUCUCUGCGGCUUCCUGAGUCCCGGCUCCAGGGUCUACACCGCCGUCUCUCUGAUGCUCGGGGUGCUGGUCUCGGGGAACCCCCCUAGCCGGCUCACAGCACAGGGGUCGUUGGCCUCUCCGAUGGACCCGAGGUUUGACUCUGUGGACUACAAGAACGUCUUCCGCUGGAGCGCACCAGACAACGCCACGCUCACCUACUCAGUCCAGUGGAAGAUCUAUGGGGACUCCCAGUGGGUGCAGGUGAAGGGCUGUCAGGGGAUCCAGAGUCUCCAGUGUGACCUGAGCAGGGUGACCUCCGACUCCAGGGAGUGGUACUAUGCCCGGGUGCACGCCUCCUCCACCCUCCUGGCCAGCCGCUCAGCCUGGGCACUCUCGCGCCGCUUCAGCCCGAGCUGGGACACAAAAAUCAGCCCGCCAACAUUAAACCUGACGAUGACAGCACAGGGCCUUGUGGUCCGCCUGAUCCCUCCUCCUGCCCUGGUGAGGAAGCUGCACAAGAAGCUCUGCUGCAGAGUCCAUCUCCGACACAGCAGCGGCGAGGAGGACAGGAUUGAGAUGAAGUCUUGUAAGAAGGAGUUGGUCCUGGACUACCUGAGAGCAGGCACCGAGUACUGCCUCCAGGCCCAGUGUGUGGUGUGUCUGCGGGGCAAGAGCAGUGCCCCCACGCCCUCCUUAUGCAUCACUACUCUGCAGCAUGCAGCCGCCAGCCUCUUCACUCCUUCAGAUCCUGAUCCCUAGCUGAGCUGUUGGAGGAUACGAGAAGGAUCUGAACCCACACCUCUGUGGAUUCAGUCCUCACUUCCAGCUUCAGGCUGACGGCGGCCGGCGCAGAAUGGAAGAAGACGACUCACAUUAAAUAUUUCAAGCUUUAUUCUUAAUGAUUCAUGUAACAUUCUGUUAAAAAACGGACCUGGUGCAAAUGUCUGAAACUGUACACAAAUCAUCAGCUAUUUGCUCCAGAAUAAAGUUUUUUUUUAUUUCUUAAAACUCACAAUAUGACUAAGCAUCGUUUUCUCAGGCAAUAUAAAUUAUUCAAUCUUGUAAACAAAACACAAGGGUCAAAUCUAAGUCCUGAUUUACACUUUAUUAACAUUGUUCAAUACUCUCUUAUUUUGAUCAAUCAGGAGUGAAAAAUAACCAAUACUGUUGUGAUAACAAAAAUAAAAGAUUUACAUCAAACAGAACAAAUUAAAAAACAGAUCACGUCCCGCACUUUGUUCAUUAUGUCCUUCCGACGUCUCGGGGAAUAAUCACAGAGGAGCAGUGUGUAGGGUGUCAUCAGACGAGCUGAGGUCAUAUUCAGAUCUCUUUAAAAAUAUAUAUAUGUCAUCUAUAUAAGCAGCUGGUUUUUCACGUAGUGGUUUUGGUCAAAUACAUGAGACUGAGAGAGCCCUUGUUCAAAAACAUUGUGCUCGAUUGAAGAUAUGUUCUCCACUGUUAAGACAUCGGGGGGGUAUGCAUAGAGCAGUCCUGCUCAGCUCAGACUAACCUUCAGUAAUAGCAGUGCGUAGAACUCUGAGAUAGUGGUAGGCUAGUUAUGUUGUUAUGCGUCUCUUAUUGGCUGGCUGCUGAAGCCCUGAAAUCCUAGCUUUGCGAUACAAAAUCAUGUUACAGUAUGAUGAAAUGCGGUGCUUCAUGAAGUACAUCAAUAAGGCGACGGUGUUUCUGAGAAUUGGUCUUGUCGAAUAAAAACC